AAGGUUGAUUACGCUAUUUUUGUGCGCCAGGAAGCCGGCUUGUAAUUAGCACGAAAAUGAUGGUAAACUCGCAUGCAGAUUUUUGGGAAUUUUUACAUCUUAAAUAUUUAUAUUCUGACUGAAGGUUACAUGUAAUAAGACUUGAGUCAGACGCAAACAAACUGAUUUAAACCGUUAAAACUAGCGGCGUGUUUUGUUUUGAUGCAUGAGACGCAGAAAAGCGUUGUUGUGUUCCGUUAUUGUCGUGAGUAAGAGCCGGGGCUGGUUUUCGUUAUGAGUUAUGGCUACGGGAGAGGAAGGGGCCGGAGAGGCGGCGGCGGAGGAGGAGGAGGCGGAGGAGGAGGAGAGCGGUGGAGCUCCGACUGGGAAGCCCGGGAUGAGCAGCCUCGAGGCGGCGGAGGCCGCGGGAGACACCCGCCGCACCUGAAAGGCAGAGAGAUCGGACUGUGGUACGCCAAGUGGGGAGGCGUGAAACGAGCAGAAGCCGAGAGGAAGUCGAGAGCUGUAGUUCAGAUGGAUGAGUCGAGAGAGCAGCACAUCACACAGCUGCUGAAUUCGGUCCAGAGAGAUCCGUCGCGUGACUACGAGCCGUCCGUCCCUCCGUACCGGCAGCUGAAGCCAGAACCGAGCGGCCACAGCUACUUUGAUGGUGAUGAUCCUCCUGCAGAGCCGCAGAAAAUGGUGAAAGUGGCUAAAAUCGAGUCGGUGAAAGUGAAGGAAGAGGAGGUGGAGAUAAAGACUACCAUAAAGGAGGAGCGCAUCGAUCGAGAUCUGGAAUACCUGGUGCAGGAGAUUGAUCGAAAGCCUUCACUGGAUGAAGAGCUGAAAUGUGACCUUCAGAGCAAGAGACAGAAUUCAAAAUAUCUGGAAAUGCUGACAUUUAGAGAGAAGCUGCCUUCCUACAGCAUGAGAGAGGAGCUGGUGAAGCUGAUCCAGGCCAACAGCGUGGUGGUGGUGAGCGGAGAAACCGGCUGCGGGAAAACCACGCAGGUCACGCAGUUCAUCCUGGACGACUACAUCCAGCGUGGCAUGGGCUCGCUCUGCAGGGUGGUGUGCACACAGCCCCGCCGCAUCAGCGCCAUAUCGGUGGCUGAGAGGGUGGCGGCGGAGAGGGCGGAGUCUGUCGGAGAGGGGAAGUCCUGCGGAUAUCAGAUCCGUCUGCAGAGCCGGUUGCCACGGAAACAAGGCUCGGUGCUGUAUUGUACGACGGGAAUUAUUCUUCAGUGGCUGCGCUCGGAUCCGUGUUUGUCCAGCAUCAGUCACCUGGUUCUAGAUGAGAUCCACGAGCGCAGUCUGCACUCAGACGUCCUCCUCACCAUCGUGAAGGACCUGCUGAGCCUCAGAGACGACCUCAAGAUCGUGCUCAUGAGCGCCACGCUGAACGCCGACAAGUUCAGCGAGUACUUCGAUAACUGCCCCAUGAUCCACAUCCCGGGUCACACCUUCCCUGUGAAAGAGUACCUGCUGGAGGAUGUGGUCGAGAUGCUCAGGUUCCGGCCGCAGCAGCAGCAGGAUCGGCGUCCCCGCUUCAGGAGGGGCUUCAUGAACGGCCAGAAUGUACAGCCCGAGAAGCAGGAGAAAGAAGCCGAAUACAAAGAGAGCUGGCCGUGUUUCGCUCGCACACUCAGAGACAGGUUCUCUGACAGCACCAUCGACGUCCUGGAGAUGAUGGACGAGGACGACAAGAUCAACCUGGAGCUGAUCGUAGCACUCAUCCGCCACAUCGUGCUGAAGGAAGACGACGGAGCCAUCUUGGUGUUCCUGCCUGGCUGGGACAACAUCAGCAGCCUGAAUGACCUGCUCAUUGCUGACCAGAUGUUUAAAUCUGAUAAGUUUGUGAUCAUUCCACUGCACUCCCUGAUGCCUACGGUCAACCAGACGCAGGUUUUUAAAAGGCCACCUCCCGGAGUCCGGAAGAUCGUGAUUGCCACAAACAUAGCAGAAACCAGUAUCACUAUAGAUGAUGUGGUGUACGUGAUCGAUGGAGGGAAAAUUAAGGAAACUCACUUCGACACGCAGAACAACAUCAGUACAAUGACAGCAGAGUGGGUGAGCCUCGCCAACGCCAAGCAGAGGAAGGGACGCGCCGGCAGGGUGUCUCCAGGUAAAUGCUACCACCUGUAUAACGGGCUGAGGGCGAGUCUGCUGGACGGCUACCAGCUCCCUGAGAUCCAGCGCACUCCGCUCGAGGAGCUCUGCCUGCAGAUUAAGAUCCUGAAAUUGGGCCCUAUCGCAUCAUUCCUGAGGAAGACUCUGGACCCUCCGUCAGACAAAGCCAUCGAGCUGGCUAUCACUCACCUAAUGGAUCUGAACGCAUUGGACCGGAACGAGGAGUUGACUCCAUUGGGAUUCCACCUGGCCCGUUUGCCUGUGGAGCCGCACAUCGGAAAGAUGAUUCUGUUCGGAGCUCUGCUCGCCUGCCUGGACCCUGUGCUAACCAUAGCAGCUAGCCUUAGCUUUAAAGACCCGUUCUCCAUACCGCUGGGGAAGGAAAAAAUAGCCGACCAAAGAAGAAAAAUCCUGUCCAAAAACACCAAGAGUGACCACCUGACUGUAGUCAACGCCUUCCGGGGCUGGGAGGAGGCAAAGCGGCGAGGCUACAGGUGCGAGCGGGAAUACUGCUGGGACAACUUCCUGUCGGCCAACACGCUGCAGAUGUUACAGAAUAUGAAAGGACAGUUUGCGGAGCAUCUCCUGGCCGCUGGAUUUGUGAGCAGUAAAGACCCGAAGCAUCCCGGCGCCAACAUCAACUCCGAAAACGAGAAGCUCCUGAAGGCAGUGAUCGUCGCCGGCUUGUACCCCAAAGUGGCCAAGAUCCGCCCGAGCCACCACAAGAAGAGAGCCAUACCAGCGAAGGUGUACACCAAGGCAGAUGGGAAGGUCUGUAUACAUCCUAAAUCUGUCAACUCUGAGGAGAUGCAGUUCCACUACACCUGGCUCAUCUAUCACUUGAAGAUGAGAACCACCAGUAUCUUUCUGUAUGACUGCACAGAGGUGUCUCCGUUCUCUCUCCUCUUCUUCGGUGGUGAUAUCUCCAUCCAGAAGGACCAGGAGCAGGAGACCAUCGCAGUGGACGAAUGGAUCGUCUUCCAGUCUCCUGCUCGCAUCGCUCACCUGGUGAAGAACUUGAAGAAGGAGCUGGAUCUGCUGCUGGAGGAGAAAAUCAAGCAGCCACGCCCGGUGGACUGGAGCGACCGCACCUCGAAAGACUGCGCUGUGAUCUCGGCCAUCAUCGACCUCAUCACCACGCAGGAGAGCACGACGUCUUCACAAGAGCCGUACAGGAAAAGCCACCAGCACUGGGACUAGCGCCUAACAGUCACAGCUAACACCGAGAGAGAGCGAGAGAGAGCGAGAGAGAGCGAGAGAGAGCGAGAGAGAGCGAGAGCUGCUUGAAAGUUUUCUCCUAAAAUCAAUUGUUAAAGGACAUUUCACUAUAAACACAUUAAAAAGAACGAAAGCUGGUUCAAACUGUGAUCACAUGGCUUUUAUGUGGUGUUAGCCAUGUUAGCAUGGUUUCAGUGAAUGCUAGGAUGUCGGGAUUUUCAGACAGUCAGAUCAAACUGAUAUCCACCACAGAAGAGUUCUCGUUUAUACCACAGCGCUGUUGAGUUCUCCAUGCUGAUUGGUCAGAAGGUGGUGAUUAAUUUGCUGUAACAGCAGCUCUGACACUAUAAUCACAGGUUUAUAUUAAUACACUCAUUCUAAUACAUUAUGGUUUCUAUAGUAACAACUUGGACUUGUACGACGCACACUCCAUAUAAACAUAUUGUGUAAUUGUUGAGAGGUGAGGCGUUUAACAUUUAUAGAAGGAGUCUCCAGUGUCAGAGCUUUGCAACUUUUCCUGCACAGGUAGGACAUUUACGCUUUUUUUUUUUUUUUUUUUUUUUUUUUUUUUUUAAAACAUUACACGUUCAAUUCACUGUGAUGUCAUUCUCUCUACCACUGACUUACUCUGAAGUGGCUUCAGAGAAAUACUGCUUAUUGUACCUUUAACUUUAAAGACUGACUGAUGAAUGUGUAAUCUGUACAAUCCGUAUUUAUACCAUGAGCUGAAACUCUGCAGGUAAAUUUUCCCAUCAGGACAGACUGAAUCAUGAGACUCACUGGAAUUAUUUGUUUUUUGGUCACCAUUUGUAUUUUUAUGUUUGCCUUUGCACUGUUUUUUUUCCCCCCCUCCAUCACCAUGAAUUAUUAAAGGUGCAGUAAAGUCGCUGCAUUACACAGCA